CCUCCGCCUGCCGUGUUUUCCUUGCAGCUCCCUUCUGCCACGGGUCUAAAGAAAACCGGGAACCUGGAUUUUUCUCUGUACACACUCUCCCGGAAACUCUUAUGGGACAAUUGCCUACUGGGCCUGCGCAGUCAAAUUGCGCAUGCUCCGUCGUAGCCUGGUUCGGUUUCUGUUGCGGAGGUGGACGUCUUUUCUAGUGUUACCGGAAUUGGCCAUCGGCGACCCGCCCUCCAGUUCGGCCGCCACCGCCACCUCCUGCUACGCCGCUACUCCGUGUUUCGCCCCCGGGCCUUCCCGGUCCCUCCUUCCCUGCCUCCCAGCUGGCCUUUCUCCCGCGGUCGUCGGUCCACACACCGUCAUGAGUCCGGGGCUCCGGCCGUCGUCUUUCUCUCGGUGGCGGUGGCUGCUGCUGUCCCUGCUGCUGGGGGUCGCCCCCGGCCCAGGCAACUCCUUCUACCUGCCGGGCCUGGCGCCGGUCAACUUCUGCGAGGAGGGAAAGGAGAGCCCUGAGUGCAAGUCUGGAAUAGAACUGUUUGUGAACAGACUUGACUCUGUGGAAUCUGUUCUUCCUUAUGAAUAUACUGCGUUUGAUUUUUGCCAAGCAGCUGGAGGAAAACGUCCAUCUGAAAAUCUUGGUCAGGUAUUAUUUGGGGAAAGAAUUGAACCUUCUCCAUAUAAGUUUUCAUUUAACAAGGACGAAACCUGUAAGCUUGUUUGUACAAAAACAUAUCAUACAGACAAAGCAGAAGACAAGCAAAAAUUAGAAUUCUUAAAAAAAAGUAUGUUACUGAAUUAUCAACAUCAUUGGAUAGUAGAUAACAUGCCUGUAACGUGGUGCUAUGAUGUUGAAGAUGGACAGAGGUACUGCAAUCCUGGAUUUCCAAUUGGCUGUUAUAUUACAGAUAAAGGUCAUGCAAAAGAUGCUUGUGUUAUCAAUUCUGAUUUCCAUGAGAAAGAUACAUUUUACAUCUUCAACCAUGUUGACAUCAAGAUAUACUAUCAUAUUGUUGAAAGUGGAGCCAUGGGAGCAAGAUUAGUGGCUGCUAAACUUGAGCCCAAAAGUUUCAGACAUACACAAACAGAGAAACCUGAUUGUUCUGGACCCCCAAUGGACAUAAACAAUAAGGCUAAUGGGGAGAUCAAAAUUUCCUAUACUUAUACAAUUAAUUUUGUAGAAGAAAAACAAAUUAGAUGGGCCUCCAGAUGGGACUAUAUUUUGGAAUCCAUGCCUCAUACCCAUAUUCAGUGGUUUAGCAUAAUGAAUUCCCUGGUGAUUGUUCUCUUCUUAUCCGGAAUGGUAGCCAUGAUUAUGUUAAGAACUCUUCAUAAAGAUAUUGCAAGAUAUAAUCAGAUGGAUUCAACUGAGGAUGCUCAGGAAGAAUUUGGCUGGAAAUUGGUUCAUGGUGAUAUAUUCCGUCCUCCAAGAAAAGGAAUGCUGUUGUCAGUCUUUCUGGGAUCAGGGACACAGAUUUUAAUUAUGACUUUUGUGACUCUAUUUUUUGCUUGCCUUGGAUUUUUGUCACCUGCUAACAGAGGAGCUCUUAUGACUUGUGCUGUGGUACUAUGGGUGCUGCUUGGAACUCCAGCAGGUUAUGUUGCUGCCAGGUUCUAUAAAUCAUUUGGUGGUGAGAAAUGGAAAACAAACGUGCUAUUAACAUCGUUUCUUUGUCCAGGGAUUGUAUUUGCUGAUUUCUUUAUUAUGAACCUGAUUCUGUGGGGAGAAGGAUCUUCAGCAGCUAUUCCCUUUGGGACUUUGGUUGCCAUAUUGGCCCUUUGGUUUUGCAUUUCAGUGCCACUGACUUUUAUUGGUGCCUACUUUGGUUUUAAGAAAAAUGCCAUUGAACAUCCAGUCCGUACCAAUCAGAUCCCUCGUCAGAUUCCUGAACAAUCCUUUUACACAAAACCAUUACCUGGUAUUAUUAUGGGAGGAAUUUUGCCCUUUGGGUGCAUCUUUAUACAACUUUUCUUUAUUCUGAAUAGUAUCUGGUCUCAUCAGAUGUAUUACAUGUUUGGCUUCCUAUUUCUGGUGUUUAUUAUUUUGGUUAUUACAUGUUCUGAGGCAACAAUACUACUUUGCUAUUUCCAUCUGUGUGCAGAGGAUUAUCACUGGCAGUGGCGUUCAUUCCUCACCAGUGGCUUUACUGCAGUAUAUUUCUUAAUAUAUGCUAUACACUAUUUCUUUUCAAAGCUACAAAUCAUAGGAACAGCCAGUACAAUUUUGUACUUUGGUUAUACUAUGAUAAUGGUCUUGAUCUUCUUCCUUUUUACAGGAACAAUUGGCUUCUUUGCAUGCUUUUGGUUUGUGACCAAAAUUUACAGUGUGGUGAAGGUUGACUGAAGAAGCUAAUGUCCUCCAGUUAAAACAGAAAUAAAUUAAAUUCUUCAUCAACAAAGACCUGUUUUUGUGAAUACCUUGAAUUUAUCAGAAGUAUUGGCCCUAGUAUUCCUUCAGAAACGUUACUAAAUACACCUCUUCCCAUAUACCUGUUCCCACAAAAUGUGUUUUCCACUAAACAUUUGUAUUGUGAUUUGAUUUAAAUAUAUUUUCAGUUCUCUAUGAAGAGCAAGUUUAAAUAUGUGCAUUUGUAAAUACAAUAGCUAUAAUAUUUACAAUACUUCUAAUGACAGAAUAGAGGAAGCUGUAUCAAGCAACUUAAUGCUUACAAAAUAAAGGAGUUAAUUGUAAAUAGGAUUUUCUAGGCUCAGUAGGUGGAAAGAAUUAUUUUUCUUUGAAAGAAGUAACUUUUUAUCAUGGUAAUUUUGAAGGAUGACUCCUAUGAUGUGUUAAUUUUAUUUGGGAUGUGGCUUUUUAAAAAAAAAAAAAUCUUGUACUGGUUGUAAUUGUUCAUAUAUUCCUACUUCUCUAUGUUGACUUCAUUAUUCCCAUGGUAUUGGCCUUUUAAACUAUGUGCCUCUGAGUCUUUGGAUUUAUAAAUUUGUUAUCUUAAUAAAUAUUGUAAAAAUGUC